AAACUCUGUCCACAAAUGUUCUCAGUAAAAACUCAUAAGAGAAGAGAAGAUAAAGCAUUAUAAUGUUCAAGGUUCAUGGCCAUGCCUCACUUUACCUAUUAGGCAAGCUAGAGAGCAGGUAAAUAGCAACUAAAGAGAGAAGUUCAUUUUAGCCACACAUUUUAUGUACAGACAUGAAUCUGAAUGCAGAGAGUCACAGUGUUCCUCUUGGUGAUGGAAAUCAUAUUCCACUACUGGGAUUUGGCACCUAUGGGGACCCUCGAACGACCCCUAAAGGGACAACAUCUGAGUGUGUCAAGUUGGCCAUAGAUGUAGGUUACAGGCACUUUGAUGGAGCAUUGGUGUAUUUCAAUGAGCAUGAAGUGGGCCAAGCCAUAAGAGAAAAGAUUGCUGAUGGAACUGUCAAAAGAGAGGACAUCUUUUACUGUGGAAAGCUCUGGAAUACCUUCCAUCCACCAGAGUUGGUGAGACCUGCCUUGGAGAGGACACUGAAAGCCUUAAAACUAGACUAUGUGGAUCUCUACAUCAUUGAGCUUCCUAUGGCCUUCAAGCCUGGAAAGGAGUUCUAUCCAAAAGACCAAGAUGGAAAAGAGAUCUAUCACCACACAGACCUCUGUGCAACCUGGGAGGCCUUAGAGGCUUGCAAAGAUGCAGGACUUGUGAAGUCUCUGGGAGUCUCCAAUUUCAACCGCAGACAGCUGGAGCUGCUGCUGAAUAAACCUGGCCUUAGACACAAGCCUGUAUCCAACCAGGUUGAGUGCCAUCCAUAUUUCACACAACCCAAGCUUCUGGAGUACUGUCGUCAGAAUGACAUUGUGAUUGUUGGCUACUGCCCACUUGGCUCAACCAGAGAUCCAGGCUGGGUGAAUCUGAAAUGCCCUCCCCUGCUGGAGGAUGAGCUGCUUGUAUCCAUUGGGAAAAAGUACAACAAGAGCAGUGCUCAGGUAGCUCUGCGUUUCAAUGUCCAGAGAGGAGUUGUAGUGAUCCCCAAGAGCUUCAGUCCUGAGAGAAUCAAACAAAACUUCCAGAUAUUUGAUUUUUCACUCAGUGCGGAAGAAAUGAGAGCCAUUGAAGCACUAAACACAAAUAUUCGUUUUGUGGAGCUGCUGAUGUGGAGUGACCACCCAGAGUACCCAUUCCAUGAUGAAUAUUAAGUUUUAUUUUUUGUGAUGUGCAUCAUUUUUGACUGAAGCUUCUUGUACAAACAAAGCAAAUUGUUCUUCAGUCUUUUCAGCAUGUUAAUUUCAUCAAUAAAGUUUCCAUUGGAGCAUUUUCACACUAAACACUAGAGGGCUCUAGCCUACAGUGAAUGAAAAAGACAAGUAAAUUGAGGGUUUAAAGAUUAACAUACAGCUCUGUUGUGAAAUGGAAAAGCUGCAUACAGCAUUUGCUGCAAAUUAGUUUCAUAUGCAUCUCCAAAGAACUAAAUAAAUAUGACAAUGUAUCCCAUCUAGAUAGCAAUACAUAUGGAUUAUUGAUUCUUCAGCUAGAUUUGCAUUUACAUUACAUUUUCGAUAUAUCAGCUACUAAUGGUCACUUUAUAUUAGUUUGAGGACUGUGAUAAUUUGGAAAAGCCAGGUAGUAUCUGAUCCCCCCUAGGCAGUGCUGGUUGUAGUGUUAAUAGUGUUUGAAACAUUGGGUUUUUUUUGCGUUGAAAACUGUCAGACCUUGAUAUGAAAUGACUGACUUUAAACUCUCUGUCUUGUUUGGUCAAAGAGGGUUUGUAAGUUUGAUCAGAUCAAAUCUGACAUCACAGCACACAAGGACAUGAAAC